AUGGAUGACACCAAUGCUAAAAACCCUCAUCUGGAAAUAUCAGAGAUAAUGUGUGCUAAGUGCGGUAGGCGAGAAACGAUUGAAGUUUCCUUCAAUGCGAUACCAAUAGCAGCUUGGAGAUGCGAUAGAUGCCGGGCUACAAGUAGCGUCGCUUCGUGUAAAAGCGAACACGGAGAUACGAAUGCAACUAGACUUGCAAUGCAGAUGCAGUUUAUCGAGCAAGAGCAAGCGAUCCGUCUACGACGGUUAGAACGAGAGAGUGAGCUAGAGAAACUUCGCAUUAAACAAGAGCAGACGGUAGAACAAAAACUACUCGAAGAGCGAGAGACGUUAGAGAGACGAUUUCUCAAAGAACGUUUCGAGAUGUUAUCGAUGAACAUCCCGAACGAUAGGGAAAGUGUACACAGUCGGGGAAGUCAUCGCCACAGCGUCGAAAAGGUGAACGAUUGGAUCGAGCAAUCCCGCCGACAACUGGUCGGGAAUCAGGUUGACCCUGAAAUAGUUGCUCGCCCAACAAAGGGCACUACUAACGAAGUGCGAACCAUUCCGUCGAACGGAACGACCAGCCACAUAUCGGCUCCCCAACCCUUUCCCUAUGACUCGUCGGGCUCACAAGCCGACACGAGAUCAGUAUCUACUCUGAGUUCCACACGCAGUGUUGGACGUCGCUCUCUCGAUGCACCGCACAUCGAUCUUGCUCCCGAUACAGAGCGCCGCUCUUUUAAAGCGCCACGUGAUCCUUCCAAAGGACCUUCACAGCAGCAGAUUGCCGCUCGGCACGUCAUGCCACGUGAUUUACCAACCUUUUCGGGAAACCCCGAAGAAUGGCCUCUAUUUAUAAGCCAAUAUAACAAUACGACAUUAGCUUGUGGGUAUAGCAAUGCAGAGAACCUUGUGCGACUUCAGCGAUGCUUGAAGGGACACGCGUUAGAAUCGAUGCGAUGCAGUCUCUUAGUGCCAGACACCGUUCCCCAAGUUAUAGAUGAUCUCAGAAUGCUGUACGGUCGCCCCGCGCUCUUGGUGGAGAUGCUACUGAGAAAAGUUCGAAGUAUACCAGCUCCGCGGUCAGACAAGCUAGAAAUGUUGAUCGAUUUCGGUAUGGCGGUUAAUAAUCUCUGUAGGCAUUUAGAAGCAAUAGAGCAAAAAUCCCAUCUGACAAAUCCGAUGUUGCUGCAAGAGCUGGAAGACAAAUUACCUGCUGAUAUACGAUUACAAUGGGCGCUUAGGAAAGGGACUAUGAGCGGUGCAGAUUUAUUGCAUUUAAAUGAUUUCCUCAUGACGCUUGUUCGAGCAGCUAGCCAGGUAGCACAUCGUACUGUAGCCCCUAAUGAGAGGCAAAAAGGAAAGGAUAAAACUUUCGUUCAUGCUCAUUUGGAAUCAGAGCAACCCGUUCAUUCGAAUGUAGUACUAGCUCCCAACGUACCGAAAACCCAGAAAAACUGUCCUGUAUGCAAGAUGGCGGAACAUGCCGUGAAAGAAUGUCCGGAGUUUAAGUCGUCGGAAGUCGAACAGCGAUGGAAGAUUGUACAUACCCUGAAACUGUGCCGGAGCUGCCUGAAUGGUCAUGGCAAAAAGCCAUGCAGAUUUUCAACCCAAUGUGGACAGGAUGGAUGCCAGUACCGUCAUCAUAUUUUGCUGCAUUCCGCGCCUAGAACGCCAAAUCAGGCAUCACAUCCUACCUCGCAUGGGAGGAGACCAAUUGCUGGCCCAUCUACAUCAGAAAGUCACACACAUCGAUCGAAAGAGUCAGCACUGCUUUUCAAGGUGCUGCCUGUCACGCUCCAUGGAAAGAACGGAGUCGUUGAGACUUUCGCGUUUUUGGACGAUGGUUCGGAUUCAACGCUGAUCGAAAGUACCCUAGCAAAUAAGCUAGGCAUAACAGGUUUAGUUAGGCCUUUAACACUGAAGUGGACUAACAACGUUACUCGGCAAGAGAACGAAUCGCAGGUUGUUCAAGUUAGUAUCUCUGGACGAAACAAGGCAAGACGGUACGUCAUGAAUGCACGCACGGUUAGUAAGCUGCAGCUGCCCAAACAGACUCUUCACUUUCAAGGGCUAGCAGCAAAGUAUUUGCACCUACGCGGUCUUCCAGUGACAAGUUAUGAAGCGGCUACUCCACAGAUAAUUAUCGGACUAAAUAAUUUGCACAUUUCGAUGCCACUUAAAUUUAGGGAAGGUGGCGAACGACACCCAGUGGCAAUAAAGACUAGGCUCGGCUGGAGUGUUUACGGAGGCGAAGGUGAAGAAGAUGUAAAUCACACAUUCCAUAUGCAUGAGAAGGAACUGCACGAGGUCGUUAGGGAAUACAUCUGCCAGGAAGAUCUCGGAGUUAAAGCCAUAACGGUUGAAUCAGAGGAGGAAAAGCGAGCUUACAGCAUCCUGGAAAGCACCACGAUUCGCGUUGGCGACCGGUUUGAGACCGGACUGCUCUGGAAGCAGGAUUAUUUUGAGUUUCCUGAUAGCUAUUAUAUGGCUCUCAAACGUCUACAGUGUCUCGAACGAAGAAUGGCCCGAGAGCCAACUUUAAAGGAAAAUCUUCACCGACAAAUAAGGGAAUACCAAGACAAGCAAUACGCUCACCGUGCAAGCGAAGCAGAAUUGCAGAAUGCUGAUCCGAGGAGAAUUUGGUAUCUCCCAAUAGGCGCAGUAGUGAACCCAAAAAAGCCACAUAAAGUACGGCUAAUUUGGGAUGCUGCCGCGAAGGUCGAGAGCGUGUCCCUGAACAGCAUGCUGAUGAAAGGUCCAGAUUUAUUAGUAUCUCUUGCAGCAGUGCUGUUUCGAUUUCGAGAAGGAUCAACUGCUGUGAGCGCAGACGUGAAAGAAAUGUUUCACCAAGUUCAAAUAAGGACCGCCGACCGCCACUCGCAGAGAUUUCUUUGGAGGGAAGACCCGUCAAAACCACCUGAAAUCUACCUCAUGAACGUAGCUACCUUCGGUGCAACGUGCUCCCCGUGCUCCGCGCAAUAUAUAAAAAACAAAAACGCACAGGAGUUCAACGAAAAGUUUCCAAAGGCAGCCGAGGCCGUUUUGAAAGGCCAUUAUGUUGACGACUAUGUCGACAGUUUUAAUACGAUUGAAGAGGCACGAGAAAUAGCCUUGCAAGUAAAGUGGAUUCAAUCCAAAGCGGGAUUCGAUUUACGCAAUUGGCUGAGUAAUUCUCCCGAACUGAAUGCGGUACUGGGUGGAUCAACGAAUGCAAUGAUAAAGGAUCUGAUGCUGGGCGGUGGAGAGACCUCGGAAAGAGUCUUAGGAAUGCUGUGGUCACCUGAAGACGACUCGCUCGGGUUCUCUGCAAAAAUGAGAGCUGAUGUACAGCUACUCAUAGAUGAAAACAAAAGACCAACGAAAAGGCAGGUGCUCAGAUGUGUUAUGACCAUCUACGACCCUCUGGGACUGCUUACAUCAAUACUCGUCCAUGGAAAAGUGUUGAUUCAACAAAUUUGGCGCUCUGGAGUCGGAUGGGAUGACUGGAUCGAUGAUGUCGCUUUCGAAAGAUGGCUGCAAUGGAUAGAGAUGAUACCAAAGGUCAACCAAAUUCGAGUACCGCGAUGCUACCAUGGCAUCAGAUCACACCUGUACACGGAUAUCCAGCUGCAUGUAUUCGUUGAUGCUAGUGAAGCUGCGUAUGCAUGUGCAGCAUACUUCCGCUAUCCAAUCGACGAUGGAACGGCCAAUACCGUUCUGGUGACGGCGAAAUCAAAAGUUGCUCCUCUUAGACCAAUUUCCAUUCCUCGUCUUGAGUUAAACGCUGCAGUACUUGGAGCUCGAGUAGCGAAAUUUGUAAAGGAAAAUCAUCGAGUGGAAAUUUCGAAAACCAUCUUCUGGAGCGAUUCAACUACGGUGUUAGCAUGGAUCAAUUCAGACCCCAAAAAGUACAGGCAGUACAUUGCGCAUAGAGUGGGAGAAAUCUUAUCACUCUCAGAUGUAGGCCAAUGGCGAUGGGUACCAUCCAAAAUGAAUGUUGCUGACGAGGCUACGAAAUGGGGUAAAGGGCCGUAUUUUGACGGGAAUAGUCGUUGGUUCAAAGGGCCUUCCUUACUUGACGAUCAGGAAACUGAAUGGCCUCAACAGUUUGUAAACCCAUUAUGUACGGAUGAGGAAAUCCGAUCGUGCUUCACGCAUCAUACGAUUCAAAAUCGUAGCCAGCUACUGGAUUAUAAUCGAUUCUCAAAAUGGACCACCAUGCUUCGAACUAUGGCGUAUGUGUUGCGGUAUGUAAGCAUUCUAAAAGAAAAACGUACUGAAUUGGAGAUUUGCGUCGGUCGUCUCACACAGGAAGAAUUGCAAAAUGCAGAGCGGGCCAUUUGGAAAGCCGUGCAGUGGGAGUGCUACAAGGAUGAAAUCUUGGCAUUAGAGAAAGGUUUCCAGUCACCAGAUAUGCCAGCUCAAACAAUCGACAAAGGUAGCUCGAUAUAUACAUAUUCACCAACAGUAGAUGAACUCGGUGUUUUACGCAUGGACAGUCGAGCUAAAUCAGCACCGAACAUACCAUCAGAAGCGAAGUUUCCAGUAAUUUUGCCAAAAAAUCAUCGAGUGACAGAGCUGAUUCUCAACGAUUAUCACUACAAAUACCAUCACGCUAAUCCAGAAACGAUUACAAACGAGGUCCGCCAACGAUUUGUUAUUCCUUUUCUGCGUGUUGCAGUACGGCGCAUGUCGAGGAACUGCCAACUUUGCAGAAUCAAGCGGGCUCAACCAGCGGCGCCAAGAAUGGCACCUCUACCGGCCGCCAGGUUAGCGUCAUUCGUUCGUCCCUUUUCGUAUGUAGGACUGGACUACUUCGGACCUAUUCUGGUGCGUCAAGGAAGAUGUGAGGUAAAGCGGUGGAUAGCUCUUUUCACCUGUCUGACGAUAAGGGCCGUGCAUGUAGAAGUGGUUCACAACCUGACCACCGAAGCUUGCAUAAAAAGUGUUCGAAGGUUCGUUUGCCGCCGAGGGGCUCCACUUGAAAUCUACAGCGACAACGCGACGAAUUUUAUGGGAGCCGAAAUCAUUCUACGAGAUCAGGUGAGCAAAAUCAACAUAGAAUUGGCCGACACGUUUACUAGCACGUCCACCAAGUGGCUAUUCAUACCUCCUGCAUCUCCGCACAUGGGCGGCUGCUGGGAGAGAAUGGUGAGAUCCAUUAAGACGGCGAUGUCUCAAAUUUCUACCCAUCGACGUUUGGACGACGAAGGAUUGCUCACUUUGGUUAUCGAAGCAGAGGCGAUAGUCAAUUCACGACCCUUGACAUACAUGCCUCUGGACACACCUGAACAAGAGUCGCUGACUCCAAACCACUUCCUGCUAGGUAGUUCUAGCGGAGCUAAGCAGCCUAUUGCGGAAUUAACUACAACUGCUGCGGCGCUUAAAGGAGGGUGGAAUCAAAUUCGCCAUCAGUUGGACACGUUUUGGCGACGUUGGACCAAGGAAUAUUUACCAACUAUAACACGGAGAACUAAAUGGUUUGAGGAAGUUAAACCAGUGGCAGUCGGUGAUUUGGUUUUGAUAGCUGAUGAUCCAAAACGUAACAAUUGGAUUCGAGGACGAGUAACAAGAACGAUCACCGCUAAGGAUGGCAGAGUGCGGCAGGCAGUAGUCUCCACAUCGAAGGGUGAGUUUCGACGUCCAGUCGUAAAGCUCGCUAUACUAGAUGUGAAUGAUGUUGGUAAAACUGCAAAACACACGCAGUCUUACGGUGGCCGUGAUGUUACCGCGAACGCGACUGGUAACCCUACAUCGAUCGAUCAUGCUGCGGGGGAAUAA